GAGAAAAACCCUCCACUAUUGAGUUGCUUACUGGUUUCUGUUUGCAAUUUGGUCUAAAACCACCGACUUGAGGUUGAAGGAGGUAAUUCAGUGGUAAAGGAGGUUUGGAGUGGAAAGCCAAAGGCGCACUUCUCUUUUUUCACUUUUUCCCAACUCCACAGACUCACCACCGCCAUUGAUCAUCUUCCAACGCCUUCCUGCAUUGUGAUUAUGGGUGACAGGGAACCAGUUAUAAUCAUUAUAAGUUCAGAUGAAGAUGAGGGUUCCGGCGAGACCAAGCCCGCCGGCUACCGCAGACGAGGAACUGAAAGUUGGGAUAGCAGCGACGACGACGACGACGACUGUGUGAUUUUGGAGUACGACGACUGUGUGAUUUUGGAGGAGGACCCCGACAAGCCGGUGCAAGUAGUAAACAAAAAAUUGAGCAAUGAUUCCGAUUAUUCCGAUGAUUCCGAUGAUCUGAUUGUGGUUAGCGAAAAGGGUCAGGUUGCUUGUAGAGACUAUCCCCAUCCCCGGCAUCUUUGCGUUAAAUUUCCAUUUGCCACAACGCCACACGAAUCUCACUGUGACAAGUGCCAUUGUUAUGUUUGUGACACACUUGCUCCUUGUCUAUACUGGACAAAGGACGACGCUUUGACCCACUGUAAUGCCACCGAUAAAAUGUGGGUUUGGAGAAACCAAAGAGAGAACAGAAAGAAAAGCGAUGAGAAGGUUGAGCCAAACCAAUCUCUUCCUUUGCGUCCCCCAGUGUCCGAUUCUGUGACACAGAAUCAGGUGCCUAGUGACACAUUACUCGCCUCUUCCUUGUCGAGGAAUGGUGAAAUGCCAAAUAUUGUGCUGCAACCAGCAAGUCGUGAACAGCCUGGAGGUAGACAAAAUGGUGACCUGAGAAUGCCGGCUCUCGUGAAUCCCCAAAACCGUAGCCCUCAUCAUUUGCAGCACAAGAACACUAACUCUUCUUCUACAAGUCCUACUUUAACCUCCCGCCACAUUGCUAGUGAGUUCAAUAACCUAAACCUUGGCCCUGCCAAUACAGAUAUGAAUUCUCAAACUCUCUCUAAUCCCCAUACAACGUUGUUCGUCUCCAAAAGCAAAAAGAACGGGAAGACAUGGAGGCCAUGAGUUGCUUUCAAAGUAAGUGUAAUAGGAUAAGAGGAUCAUUAUGACUGUUAGGUUAGCUCUUGGUAAAUUUUCCAAAGAUGAAAAGAUAGUAUGGAUGACUGGUUAUGAGGGGGGAACCAUUUCAUUUUUGUGGGCUGGACAGUCUAUAAGUCUAUUGCGCUUUCCUUGUGCCUAUUCCAGGUUAGUGGGUUGGCUCAUGGAUAGAAAACUUGUAACUUCAUUUAGGGUCCUAAAUGGCUAGAACACAAGGAAAUUUUACUGGAAAAAGUCCAUUGGAACUUGUUAAACCCCAACUCUUUUGCCCCAGAAAGUCUGAAGACUUGGAAUCUUGGUCUAGAAAUGUUUAUAAUAGUACAAGUAUUUUACUGAAUGAUUGUAUUAAUCACAAGAUUGCCAAUA